GCCAGUGAAUCGACGCUACGAUAUAACCGGUCUCGUCAGGUAUAGUAACGUCAAAGGGUUAAUUCCCGCUGGCUUGCUCACCGUAUCCUCGCAUAGGCUUCUUAGGGUAACGCCGAGCAACAGCCAUGAUAAGUGGCUUGACUACCGCUGCUUGUCAUAGCACAGCUGAGCACCGACCAUGAGUUAACUUUACCUUUUUAGUUAAACUUGGCGAUAUACGAUGCAAGAUCAUCGUUCCUGGCACUAUUUUUUGAUGUAUUCUAUGGCUGCUGUAGUGCGCAGCUCAACAUCCAGUUUCCUUGCAGCCAAUAGUAUCAUAAUAGCGCACCCACUCAAUGACAGAUUGACGCCUUGCAGAGUCCUUAUGCUAAUGUAACUUGCGCACAGCAUACGAGGCACAUACUAUGAAUAUAUAAUCUGGGUCGAUCUAAUGCGCUAACCUUGCCUUCACAAUGUCUGGAGCAGCAAUAACUAUUGGACCAGCGGUGGUUGGAUCUAUGAUCGCCAGCUACUUAUUUGGCUGCUCGACGAUGCAAACAUACACUUACUAUAAGCGUUUUCCAGGUGAUAGAAGAGUAUUUCAAAUUCUGGUGGCAGUUGUGAUGAUGCUGACAUUUGGACAUAUCAUUUCCAUCAUGUAUUGGACAUGGACCCUGACCGUUACAGGUUGCGAGGAUCCUGAUGGCGUGACCAUAUUCUCCAGUUCUCGGGACGCAAAUAUCGUCUUGACACCCCUGAUUAGCACUCUUGUUCAGAUGUUUUUCAUCUACAGAUUGUUCAAAUUCUCAGGAAGCAGGACGGUCGCCGCGUUUUGUGGCAUUCUCAGCAUAUUGAAUCUUACCGGCACUUUGGUAGAUGCAGUCCACGCACUGGACAAUCCCACGAAUAGAACAACGAAAAACACAAGAGAUUGGUUGACAAUCCUGACUCUUGUUGCAGCCGCUGUUUGCGAUUUGGUGAUCACGAUUGGUCUGGUGUAUUUCCUGCAGCGUGAAAGCAGGCGAACCACAGUUCACCAAAUACAUAAUAUCGCUGAUCGUCUAACUCUUUGGGCAAUUGAAACUGGUCUCGCCACCAGCAUGUCUUCCAUCUUAAUCAUUGUCUUCUUUUGUGCCAUGAGGAACACUUUCUUAUGGAUUGCUGUUUACAACGUUCUGGCUGAUGUUUAUACAAAUUCGCUCCUAGCCGCACUCAAUAGCCGUAAAACCACUCGCAUUCGAGAGACUCGUGUCAUCGAGUUUUCCAGUGGUUGCGACACACCACCUGACCUUGUCAGUGAGAAACCGGAGGCUAUUAAUUAGAUUGUCGGUUUUCACUGUCUAUUUUACACUGCUCUAAAAUUAUUGUCAUGCUGUGUAGAUUCACGUCCAAUCAUAGUGACCGGCGAUGAGUCGAC